AUGGCUGAGCUUCUGUCCACUGAGUGGCUUAAGGAUUUGCCCCUGAAGGAUCGUGAUUCGUAUGUUAAUACGGCAAAAUGUCUUGAGCAGGCUGAACGGUUCGAUGACAUGGCUGUUUGUAUGAAGGAAGUGACGAGGUUUGACAAGGAAUUAAACAAUGAGGAACGAAAUCUCCUUUCCGUUGCAUUUAAAAAUGUUGUUGGGUCUCGACGCAACUCUUAUCGAGUGCUGUCAAGUCGGCUGGCUCGAACUCAGGAUCCUGAAAAACAGGCUCUUACGAGGGAGUAUUUAGAUAUUCUUCAGAAAGAACUUAAUGCCAUCUGCUCGGAUGUCUUGCAACUCAUUGAGGAGAGGCUAUAUCCUUCAUGUUCCAAUGCCGAGGGGAAGGUCUUCUACAAGAAGAUGAUGGGGGACUACUAUCGAUAUAAAGCAGAAAACGCCAAAGGCGAGGACCACAAGCAGGUCGUGGAGGCCUCUCUUAAGGCUUAUGAAGAGGCCACUGAGAUUGCAAACGAGAAGCUUAGUUGCACGCAUCCAAUUCGUCUUGGUCUUGCUUUGAACUAUUCCGUCUUUUAUUAUGAAAUCAUGAAUAGUCCUGACAGAGCGUGCCAACUUGCUAAGAAGGCUUUUGAUGAUGCUGUCAGCGAUGUUGACAGUGCCAACGACGAUUCGUACAAGGACAGUACUCUUAUCAUGCAGCUCCUUCGCGAUAACCUUGCACUUUGGACCUCCGAUCCCGAGGAGACUGAGAAUACCGAGGGUGCUGAAUAA